AUGCGAAAAACAAUAGAUCAGUGUCCUGCCGAUAUCAUUCUGGCACCAUCAGGAUGCCCCUUGACUGAUCACGAUGUUGUUAUAUUCGCGGAAAACAGUAAAAAACUUCAACAUGUUGUCAACCUUGUGUCGAAGCUGGCUGCAGCCUAUGGACUACGACUACGCCCUGAUAAAUUCAAGCAGAUCUGGAUCUCUUCGAGACUCCGAAAGGGAAUCAGGGUGGACGGACAACCGAUAGAACUCGCCAAUGAGUUCUGUUACCUGGGUUGUACGCUGAAAAACAACGGCAGCUACGAGAAAGAUAUUCAGCAAAGAUGCGCUAAGGCCAUUUCUACAUUCAACUCCUUAACGAAAUGCCUGUGA